AGCCACAAAAUGGCGGCGGCGCUCGGUCCCGCCUCGCCCCGCGUCCCGGGGCGCUGGCAGCCGGGCGGGGCUUUGCUCCCCGCCGCCUUGCCUCGCCUCGCCCCGCCGCGGUGCCGCCCGUCCUUGCCGGCCCUCGGCGCUAUCCAGGAGCCCCCUGCUCCCGGUACUGCCCCGGGCUCCCCUCGGGGCAUCGCCCCCUGCGCAUCGCAUCGGGGCGCGGCGCAUCCCCGGGGCGCGGCGGCGGGGAUCAGCGGGGCAGCCAUCUAAUGAUCUGUAUUGAGUUACGGAGCUGUGAUAAAUGAAAGAAGCCGGUAGAGCUACAUUGCUUAGUAAAACUACAUUACACUGAGAUUAAAACGGGGGAAAUUUAUGGAGAAGAAUUUUAAGAAUGCAAAAAUCAAACUUGGUUUAGAGCCUAGGAAAAGGCUCUAAAUGAUUCUCCAAGAUGUUUGCAAAAGCAACGAAGAAUUUUGUGAGAGAAACAGACAGUGGAGGUGACUUGAUCCCUGUCUCUCACUUGAACGCCUCCGACAAGCUGCAGCUUCUCAGCUUGGUUACAAAGAGGAAGACGUUCUGGUGCUGGCAGAAGCCCAAGUAUCAUUUCUUGACAGUCUCCUUGAGUGAUGUGCUUACGGAAGACAAACCUAUAAAACCAGUGAUUGUGGAGUCUGACUUCGUAAAAUACAUGGGAAAAUUUGAAGAUUUUGUUCAAGGAAGUAUUGAAACUUCAUUUGGGAAGAUCAGCCUGGGAGCUGGAGGGAAGGGCUAUGUGGAAAGCCAGUCCUCCUUUGGAAACCUGAGGAAGCAGGAGGUUGACUUGCAGCAGCUUAUGAAAGACGUCAAGGACAGAAUGAUAAAUAUGAACAGUAGUUUACUGCAACAAGUAAUAGAAAGAAAACGUGAAGUACUGUGCAUCUUGAGAGAGAAGAUAGUAACAACUCAGAAGUGUACAAUAGCUGAACACAUCCAGACAGAAGAAAAAAUCAGUGGUCUGCUGGGAUGCAGUACGAAAACAAUAAAGGUUUCAGUGAGUGACAGUGGAAGCACGGUGAAGGAUUCUAGUGUGAUCCUUGAGAUUCCUCCUGCAACCGCUAUUGCCUAUGGUGUGAUUGAACUAUUUAUAAAGUGCAAUGGCCAGUUUGAAUUCUGUCUGCUGGAUGAACAACAAGGAGGUUUUGAAAGAGAAAGCACAGAAGGCUCAACUUAUCCCCAUUCAGCACCGUUCAGAGAUGCCUUGUUUCUGUAUCAGCCAGAUGCUGUUGAUAAUGGGGUGUACUCUGGGGCUAGGAACCUCGUUCCCAGUGAUGCUUCUUUAAGUGUAUUGAAACAAGAUCUAACAUGGUUGAAGGCUCAGUUCCAGCCCUUUGCGAAGCUCCCAGAAGAAAAGCAAAGAGCUUUAUACAAAAGCCUGUGUGAACUCCUGCUCCGUGAAGAAAUGGUAACUGCCCUGGAGGAUGUGUUAGAUGAUAUCUGCACAGGAGACAAGCCAGAUCUGAAGGAGCUAAAACCUGCACAACAGCAAGACCUGGUUGACUUCUUGCAGCUCUUAGGGUGCAGUAAUGAGGUAUUGUUGCAGAACUGUCAGCUUCAGGAUGAGGAAUUGGUCUCAGCUGCUCACCUCCUCAUCAGUGCUAUCUCUGAGCUGUCUGAUUACACUCUUGUCCUGCUCCGUGCCUGCUGUGAUCUACGGGUUGUUCCGGCAUUGUGUUGCUUGCCUAAUAUCGCUUCAGCUGACGGCACCUUGGCCCUGAGCAGUCCUUUGGUGGCAACUCUGACUGACACAGGAAGAUUCGAUGUCGUGCAAAGGCUUUUUGCUUCAUCGAGCAUUAAUUUGGAAAUGACAGAGUCUUCUGUAAGAGUUGUCACUGCGAGAGAACCUUGCUUCUUCCCCCUCCUUCUUUAUGUUGCACUGUACGGACUUCAUAGUUUAGGUGGGACUGCAUAGGAGCUUUGCUGAGCAGUCACUGUCCCAGCCUGUUCUUUCUUUAGCUGUGCAACAGCCCUGAUGUGUGUGAGCUGCCAUGAGAGCAGCUGAGUGCUGGGGGGUCCGCGGGGGCGAGGCAGGCAGCAGCGAGCCCUCGGCUGCUGUAAGAAGGUGAGCUGCUGCUCUGCGAUUUCGCUAAGGUACGUCUGCAGUGGAAAAUACAUAAAUAAGUAAAUAAGGAACGCAGGGGAGGAAGGAAUAAAAUAAAAAAAGCCAAGCCUGGAACAGAAAUUGAACGUAGCUGUUCUGAUAGUUGUCAGAUCUGCAGAGCGGUGGAAGCCUGAUUGCUCGCAUUAAUAUGCGUGGGAGAAAGCCGCAAAGUACAAACUGCUUUGUGUAAGCAGGCUGUGGAAAUCCAGGGUUCUGCAGCGCAAUGUAUGUUUUGCUCAUUUGAGACCUGAGGUGCAGAAUGCCUUCAAUCUGGAGGAGGUGAAAUGGAGGGCUCUGGAAGAGGUACUUAAUUAGGUUUUCAUUUAUUAAGUGUAGUUUGGCAUCAAGCCAUGUGAUCUGCACGCUGCAGGAAAUAACAAACUCUUUUUUUCAAAAAAACUAAGACCACCUCAGGGAUUCAUGUUUUCAGCUCUGUUUUCAGCUAAGUUUUAGUAAGUGUAGCAAGUUUCAGCUGUUCAGAUUGCAUUUUGAACUUUCUCUUUGAGGUAUUGUGAUGCCUUCUGGUAUGUGUGUACGAAAUGUCCCUGCAGCACUCCACCACAGCAAUCGUUUUAUCCGUGUGACAUUUUCAGCGCGGGUGUUUUGCUUAUGCCUUUGACUAAUGGCGAAGAGUUAGCAAAGUGCUUUGUGCUUUGAGCUGUUUUGUCUUUUUUUAUCAUGCUUUUCUGUGAUCAUGUGAAUGGGACAGAAGCACAGCGGAGAUCACUGUAAAUACGGGCUGGGGAAGAUGUUGUUCCAGAUAAAUGGAAUAUUGGUGCUUUCAGGUAAGACUGAGAUGGCUGACAGGGAAGUAAGCAGGUGAGAGCUUCCAGGGAGAGCUGGUCAGCGACCCUACAAAAAGGGUGGCAAUCCUGGCUUCGUUUUUCUGCCCUGUUCACAUGUGGUCUUGAGCAGAUCACCUAAGAGGUCUUGAAAAGCUCAUGUCAAGUAAGCUUUCUCUGAGAAAAUGGACUUUGCAAAAAAAAAAAACCACCCUGGUUCCUUUCCCUACCUGAGAGCGCAAGAUACUUCUGCAGAGUGAACUGUUGGCAUUUCUGUGUCUCGUGUGUACAGUGAAGCUCGUGGUGUUGCCUGAACGUGGCACUGGUGUAUGUGGAAAUGUCCUUUGGGGGGAAAUGUAGGAGUGCUUGUGGGAGUUGUGCGUUUGUAAAUGGGAGGGUUUUUCUUCUGCCAGCCACUGCUCAGAAGCUGCCUCUGUAACUAAUUUAUCAAAAAUUUGUAUUAAAUGUUGUAUGAAAGCAAUAGAAUGACUUAAAACUCAA